AUGCCACCAAUGGGGUGCGUCAGCAGCAGGGGGAUGGAAGGCCCGGACCUCGAUAGUUCCGAAUACGACAGCAGCACCAUCUCCCGAACCACGUCGCAGUCCUCCCGAGCCACCGCGCAGUCGCCGAGCCUCCAGGCUCGGCGGUCGGGAACAGCUCUGUCCAGAGGAGGAGCGAUGGGACAGAUGACAGGAUCGCCGCCAGUUAAGGACCUGCUGGACGUGUUCAUCGACGAGGUGGAGAGUUCGCACAAGCGAAAGUCCAAGGGCAAGACGCACAGACACAAGGGGUCAGCGGGAGAAGCUGGGGCGGCGGGGGAAAUUGAGGCAGGGGGAGAGGCUGGGGCAGCGGGGGAGACUGGAGCAACGGCGGGGGUUGAAGCGGCCGGGGGGGUUGGGGCAGAAAGAACGUCUGAGGUCGCACGAGUAAGGGCAGCAGAUAUUGGGGCGGUGAGGGGUGAGGCGUUGAAGGGAGCAGCAACAGGAGCUUCGCAGGGCGAGGAAGAGGGGCGAGCAGCAGAAGGGCGGAUGGGAGAUGGGCAGGAGGACGGGAUGGGGCCCAGAGAGAAGGGUGGCGAUAUGAAGAGCUUAUUUGAUGAGUGCUCAAUUUUAGCACCAUCUAUAGCAGCAGCAACAGCAACAGUAACAGCAGCUCUGGACUCGUCUUCCUCAGCUGCAGAGACAGAAAUACCAAAUGAGCCAGCUUGCAAGCUGGCAAGACAAGCUGACACCACGUCAGGUCUUCACCCGGAGAGCUCAAGCACAAACGGUCCGCCCCCCCCUGUCCGCAGCGACCCUGCUACAGCCUGCUCAUCGCGUUCACUGCAUCUAGACUAUCCCAAGGGCGGCUCGGGGAAGGCUGACAAUCCUGAGGCUGGUUCAGGGGAGGCUGAACAGGAUACAGGGGAAUCAGCAAGCUUAGGUUCGGAAUUUACGGACCAGGCAGGGAGCUUCGGUGGUGUGGUUCGGGCCAACCCUGGUGAGGCUGAAGCAGGAGCGGGUUUCAAGGGGGAUGAUGGGAGGACAGGUUCGGAGAGAGACGGACCUGUCGUCCGAACCUGGGAGUUAGACCCGGAGCGCCGAGCCAAGAGCUGGAGAAGAAACGUGGAAGCACAGUCCUUUAGGGGUGAAAAGAAGAGAAGGGGUUUGGACUCGCAGGUAACAACAGCUCCAGAAGCAGCAGGUGUGGGCGAUGGGGGGAGCGAAGAGAGCGAGAAUGCAGGGGAUGAAGCUGUAAGCAGGGGAUCAACGGUUGUGAUUGACUCUGGUGCAGAGGCAGCUAAUGAGGAGCGUCAGAUGGAGCGGAGUGUACGUGCUGCUGCUAAUGCAGAUGGAGGGGAGGGCGGAGGAGAGGGUAGAAGGGAGGGCGGAGGCAUUUGCGUGCAUUCUGAGGUUCCUCUGAAUGCUUCUGAUGGGGGUGAGGGUGGUGGCGGCACUUAUCUGUUUGCAAUGAAGCUGCGGCGAGUGAGGAGCUCGGGAGACAUCACAAUAGGGGAUGUUUCUAAAGGGGAUGGUGUUUCUCACAGGGGUGCUUCUACAGGGGAUGCUACUAACCGGGUUGUUAUCAACAGCGACGCUGCACCUGGGAGAGCUGCUGGGGCGAAGGGCAGACAAGGCGAGAAAGGGAGUCUGUUGGGUGUGAUGGAGCAUGGGAGCGAUGGUGCUGUGGCGUGUAGCGAUGGUGCUGUGAUGCAGAGGGAUGGAGCUGACCGUGCUGCUAUGGUGCAGAGGAAGCGGGUGCUGGGAAGGGAGCAGCUAGCAGAGGAAGGGGAUGAGGGUGAGGGGGCCCAGAGCGGCGCAGGGCAGAGGGGGGGGAGGGAGGGUGGUUGUGAGCCCAAGGAGAACGGUGGUGGUGGUGGGAAUGGUGAUGAUGGGGAUGUGAUGCUUCCUGGAAGCUUCUUGUGCUUCGCCAGGAGAGCCAGAGAGGUGGAAGCGACCAGCAGUUACAAUGUUCAGUCUGUCGCAAAAUUCAGUGCAGGGUGGGGGGGGAAUGCUUCCGAAGCUACCACUGCUGCUGCUGCUGCUGCUGCUGCUGCUGCUGCUGCAGGUGGUGGUGGUGCUGGUGCAAGGUCAACAGGAAAGCAUUCCCGCAAGACGUUAUCCUCUUCAAAGCCAUCCUCGUUAAGAGCGCCUCCACUGAAAGCCGCUUCUCUUGAACCACGUUCUCCGAAAUCAUUUCUACCAACACCCUUCUCAUUAGAAACCCAUCCACCUAAGGCACACUCGUUACGAGCUCCCCCCACGCUCUCCCUCCCCCCUGCUUCCCCCACUUCCCCAUCUCUCCCUCCCACAUCCCCCUCAGGUCGAUUCACCUCCCUCCCCCCAGCAUCACCCAGAUCCCCCUCUCUUCCCCCCACAUCCCUCUCAGGUACCUCCGCCACCCUCCCCCCAGCCUCCCCCAGGUCCCCUUCCCUCCGCCCCUUAUCCCCCUCAGGUCUCUCCGCCACCCUCCCCCCAACCUCCCCUCGAUCCCCUUCCCUCCCCCGCCCACUAGCUUCCUCUCCCCAGGCCUCACCAGCUAAAAGGGGCGUGUCUGUUUUCCUGCCCUCAGCCCCAGUCCCAACCUCCCCCAAGCCUACCUACCCCAAGCCCGCCUCCCCCAAGCCUAUCUCCCCCAAGCCCGCCUCCCCCAAGCCCACCUCCCCCAAGCCCGCCUCCCCCAAGCCUACCUCCCCCAAGCCCACCUCCCCCAAGCUCACGUUCCCCAAGCCUGCUCCCACUAGUGCCCCCUCAGCUCUUAAAGAACCUGAAAACUCACAUGCUGCCCCUGUUGCCUCCUCUGCUGCUGCUGCCUCUGUUGCUACCUCCUCUGCUGCUGCUGCCACUCGUGCAGCCACUGGUGGUUCUCAGCAGCAAGAAGCAGACGAGGACGCUCUUCUCCUCUCUUUUGAAGCACCUCAAAACCCACCUGCUGCCCCUGCUGCCUCCUCUGCUGCUGCCUCUGCUGCAGCCACUGGUGAUUCUCAGCAGCAAGGAGUAGACGAGGACGCCCUUCUCUUGUCUCGACUCGGAUCCCCUCGCAUCGUGCUUCCCAAUCGCAUACAGUCACACUCGUUUAAGUGCAUAAGUAGCACCAACAAAGCCACCCAAUUAAUGGCACGAUCGCGCAGCGAUCCUGACGCUCCAUCCGCAUCUCUGCUCGAUCCAACGGCUGACGUAGUCCCUCCUCCCCACUUCCCCACACUUCCCCAUCUUUUCACCCCUCCUCGCCUCGCCACUCCCCCCCGCCCACGCUCUCGGGGGGGCUACAGUAAACUGCAGGUAGAUCUGGCAAUCGUCACCACUGUAGCGGAUUUUAUUGGAUUUGAUUUGUUUGGGGAUGGGGAGGAGGGGGAAGGUGCGUCUGGGGCAGGUGGGAUGAAUCCGUGGGGCAUGGUUGCUGCUGUGGGGGGGUCGCUUUGGCCUAUUGAUCCUUUGAGUCAAGAAACGGAAGGAGAAGGCAGAGAGGGCUUUGGAGGAAGAGGAGGCGGAGGAGAGAGAGGAGGAGGGGAAGGAGGGGAAGGAGACGUAAAGGGAGAGAGUGAGGGUGAAGGUGGGGAUAGGUGUGUGAAGGCAGGUGGAGAGGGAGGGGGAAGCAGAGGGCAGGCUGAAGUGCUUACGGUGGUUCACUCUACGGAGAGUGACUAUAUGGAGGGGGAAGAGGCAGCACGAAUUGGUAACGUACAAUUGAAUGCAGCAGAGGUGCUUGUGGUUGACUCAGCGGCGAGUGACUGUAUGGAGGGGGAAGAGGCGGCACAGGAGGAGGUGCUAAAUGGUGCAGCAGCUGUACAAGAGAUGUGUGGGGAGGAUGUGACUGCAGAGAAUGUGAAUGUAAAGAAUGUAACUGAUGAGGAUGUGUCUGGUGACGAUGUGAUUAAAAAGGGGGUGGGCAACGAGAAGGUGCAUAUAAGGGAGGUGAUUAUAGCAGCCACGGAACUGUGGAGAGAUGUGAUAGAGCACAGGGAGGAUGUGGGGCGGGCUGUUGAGAGGGCUCUGGUGGAUAGGGUUACCACACGGCGUGAGGUGACUGUAACGGAUGUGAUUGUAGGCAAGGCUGGGAUUUGGAGAGAGGAGGGAGCGGAGGGAGAGGAAGGGGACAUGGCUGCUGAUGUGGCUGCUGAUGUGGACACGGACGAUGAGGUGCUGAGCUUGCAGGAGGUGUGCAAGCAGGGGGGGGUGAUUGUAACGAAGGCGAAGGACAAGGAAGAGGAUGGGGAGGAGGAAGAAGAUGAGGAGGAAGAAGAUGAGGAGGAAGAGGAUGAGGAGCUGGAAGGAGGGGGCGACGACCAGGGGGAGGAGGAGGAGGAAGAAGAGGGGGAGGAGGAGAGGCAGAGCCAAGCAAAGCUGUGGGAUCGAAGUGGGAAGCUGCUAGAAGCAGCCUCAGAGCAUGCAGCACUGCUGGUGGAUCGCUGCCAGUCUCUUGCAAACCAGCAGGCAGAGAGUGCGGGGCUAGAGAGACAGGGAGGAGGCGGGGAGAAGGGGUUCCAAGGGACGGUUUCUCGGAGGGCGAAUCGAGGGCAGCCGGGGGCGAAUAGAGGACAGCAGCAGGGGAUGACGUCGCUGUUCAGUCUGAUAGAGAGCGCUGAGUUGCUUUGUGGGUGCGUCGUCCCCGCCGCUGCUCCUGCUGCUGCUCCUGACGCUGCUGCUCGUCACGCUUCUGCUGAAGCAGAUUCAAUGCGGGAAGCUGUUGAGCUGUCUGCUGCAGUGUUGCUGCCCGGGGCGGUGACGGCAGCAGCAGCAUUUCGCGACCGAGCUGCAGCACAUGGGGUGCGGCUAUGUGCAGCAGGAACGGUGGCAGCAGUGGCAGGUAAGGGUGUGGCAGGCAAGGGUGUGGCAGGGGGAGCAGCAGGAGCUGUGGAUGUUGCUCAGGAUGGAGUGGCGCUGGUUGCAGCUGCUGCAGAAACAGUCCAAGGGCUGCUGAAGCCACGUCUGAGGCGGAAGGAGCGGCAGGAGGAAGAGCAGGAGCAGACGCAGGAGAAGCAGCAGGAGAAACAGCAGGGCGAGCAGGAGCAUGAGCAGGAGCAGGGGCAGGAACAGGAGCAGGAGCAGAAGAAGCAGCAGCAGGAGAUGCUGUUUCCUGCUCAGAGGCAUUGGGUUUCCAACCUCCUGCUCUCGGGAUGGCUGUUGCUGCAACGCCAUACUGCCGCUGCUGUAGAGGCUGCAGCAAUCGUGGAGAGUCUGGGCACUGACUGUAUUGGAGGCUGCAGUAAAGAGAUGGCAGCCUCUCUGCAGCCUCUGCAGCAGAGUGCGUCCGCUGUUAUCUCUACCUUCCACUGCAGGCUUUCUUUCCUCCGCACCCUGGUGGAAGCCUACAGGAAGUUUCUGAAUGCAGCUGCAGGGUAUAGUGGAAGGCAGGGGGGAAAGGGGAGAGUAGGAGAGGAGGGUAUGCGAGAGGAGGGGAGUGGGGGAGAGAAGGGGUCACGAGACGGAUCGGGGAUGAGGGCUGAUUGGUUAGAGGGGAGUGUGAGGGUGAGGGAGUGUGAGGAGGUGUGUGAGAAGUUGAUCAGAACAAUCAACGCAAUGCAGGGGUGGUUUGAGCCGGGUCAACAGAAGGAAUGUUCCUCUGUGAGGGAGCGGGGAGAGAAGCAAGCUUGUGGGCAAAUGCGUCAAAAACAGAUGCUCGUUUCCCUGGGAUUCUCAGGGCUCGUGGCAGUGGCAGGCAUAUUGAGAGAGAUUGUGACUGCGAGGAGUUCUGAGGAGCGGAAAGAUGAGGGUGAUGGGGUUGGCAGAUGGGAGGGGCGAGAGGAUUCAGGGACGAAAGGAGAGCGAGCAGCGGGUAGGGCAAGGAGAGGAGGCAGGCGGAGUGGGUUGGGAGGAGAUGGGGGAGGGGUGGCGGGUGAAUCGGGCAAGAGGCGGAUGGAGGGAAGGGUUGAAGGGAAAGGGAUGAGGGGAAGGAGGGAAGGUUCGCAUGGGGGUGUGAGUGUGGCAGGAGAGAAUGGGGGAAGCGAAGAGAAGGAUGGUUCAGGGAAAGGGGAGGAGGAGGCAGGGCGUGUGGUUUCUGAGGUUCUUGUGACAGAAACGAGUGUGCUUGUAAGAGGGGCAGAGAGUCUGCUGGAUGAAGUGAGAGAUGGGGUGGGUAGGUUGAUAAUAGGAGGAAGUGAUUAUAACAAAAGUUUUGAGAACUCUCAAAAGGGAGUCCGCCAAUCCGGCCGAGAUUUUGUUGCCGGGCAGGGUUCUGCCGCCCAGAUUACCCUGAGCCUUGUGGCGGCUUCUGUCCGGCAUUUUUGUCUUGUAGCAAGGGAGGGCGGUAGCAGGGAGGACGACAACAGUUUGAGCAGAGAGAUGGGUGGUGUGCGGUGGGGAGGGAAGCUUCUGAGAAAGGCAGGGAGGAACUGUGCUGCUGUGGUUGGUGCAGCUGCUGUGCUUGCAGGUAAGGUGGUUGGGGAAGAGUGGGGUGAAGCCUCGGUGGGGGGAGAGGGAAAGGGAAGAGUGGGAGGAGGAGAGGGGAGAGUGAGAGGAGAGGGGAGAAGGGAGGGGGAGGAGGAGGAGGAGCGAGAGGAUGGGGUGCGAGCAGCAGCAGCUGCUCUGGUGUUUGCAGCAGAGAGGCACUUGAGGCUGUUAAAGGCCCUUGAGAGGAAUCGUGGGGAGCAGCAGCAGGAGAAGCAGGAACAUUCGGGACCAGAUGCGGUCUUGUCCACGGGCGAAAGCAGGGAAGAAGGCAGGGAACCGAGGACGGGAAUCAGGGAAGCUGGUCUCUCAGGUGACAUGGCAGGACAAGCAGACCGGAGACAUGUGCAGGACAGGGUUGUGUGGGACAGCAGCAGGAGCAGUGGUGUGAGACGAGAGCAAGGGGCUACUGCAGCUGCUGCUGUUUCAGGCCAGGCACUGCACUUGGCUCGUGACAUUGAGAUGCUGGUGCUGCCUGGCUGCUUGCCUCCUGAUGGCCACGUGGUCCUGCUCAGAGCAGGAGGGGCCGGUCAGGGAAGGGCAAGAAGGGGGCUGUUGCUUGGCAGAAUAGUUUUCCGGGCAGCACAAUUCGGGCAGAUGUUGCUGUUGGAUAGGCCAGCAGCGGCAGCGAGGCAACUAGCGCGAGACUUUCUGAUGCAGGCUGAACUGCAGACCCAAGAGUGGGCGGAUGGGAGUGGGAUUACCGCUGCUGAUCCUGGUCUUGCUGAGGGGAGUAUGGUUACCACUGGCCAUGGUGGGGUUACCACUGGCCAUGGUGGGGUUACCACUGACAGCGAUCCUGCUUGCUCUGAGCCUGAGGAUAGACCCAAGGGUGAGGUGGAUAGUGCAGGGUGGCAGUUGGCCACUGGUGUGCUGAGUCAGCGCGCUGCUCUGGCUGACCUGGUGGCUGCGCAUGCUGACUCGUGUGUCCGGUUUGCUGAGUCAGCAGCAGUUGGGUCGUCUGGUAAUGCCUCGCACGACCUGCUAUUGCAGGCAGAGGGGUUGGUGGUAGAAGCUUCCAGGCAGCUUCGAAUGCUGUGGCAGGCAAAGAAGCAGAGACGCAGCAGCAGCAGCAGGAAGCACAAGGGAUGGCAGGGCGAGUAUUCAGCUGAAAGCAGCUGCGAUCAUGGUGAUUCUGAGUCUGUAGAUUAUGGUGGUAUCAGUGGUACGGAUUGUUCAAGUCAUGGUGCAGCAGAGUCAGGUGGUGAUGACCUCCCAUUGCUGGCAGCUCUCGUUGAACAGGCGCAGUCCCACCUCUCACUGCUGCUCCGAGCCACACAAGGCAGGAAGGCUGUAUCUGGGGGAGGUGCAUGUGACUGUGUACCAGAGUCACGGGCAGGGGAGCUGCCGUGCAGAGUGGAAAGGUCCUCUAUCCGCCGCUCUGCUCUGCUUCUGCUUUCCUUAUCGUCACCAUCGUCCAACAAACCUUCCUUCUCCUCCCCCACCACCAGCCACUUGGUCGUGUCAGCAGCAGGAACUGCAGCCAGGCUUGUGGCCUCCUCAUCCCUCCUCGCAGCUCUCCUGGAAUCGCUGCUGCUUGCUGCACCUGCUGAUACCAUAUCUGCUCUUGAUGCUGCUUCCUACCACCCUGCCCCAGUCACACCCGCCCUGCUUCUACUGCCCCCCGCGCUGACCUCUCGCCUGCAGCAGCUAGAAGCGGCUAUGGCCCUGCUAGUCCCUGCACAGGAGCUUGUGCGUAUGAGCAGUUCUGAGCCCUCUCAAAUCCUGCUGAUCCCCACACAACAAGCACUCGGUGUGCAGAGCAGAGAGGGCAGUGACACCGCCGUCACAGCAGCAAGCAGUCUAUGUGUGCUGUGGCUGCACCUGUGCUCCCAGGCCCUCCCUCUCCUGUCCGAUAUCCGCACUCGGCUGAGUCAGCUCUAUGUGCUUCCCCAUGCCCAUGACAGGGGGCUUGCUCAUGCCCACUCUGCCACUGAAGCAGCAGCCACGCCUAUCCCUUUGCCGAGCCCCUUACAACCCCAUCUGCCUUUAGCAGCAACAGCAGCUGUUCCUGUGGUGUCUGCGCUGCUGCUGAGAUGCCUAUUGAGGCUUGAAGAUGCAGUGGCAGCGGUGUGGAGGGAUACUGAUGGGGGGAAGAAGGGGAAAGGGGGGAGCAGGGAGAAGAGGAGGGGCGGCAGGGGCGGCAGAGGGAACAAAGGAAGCGGCAAGGGUGGUGACGGGUUGGGAUUGGAAGGGGAAGAGGAGCUUUCCUGUGGAUGGGUGUAUGUUUGUGAUAGUGAUGGUGUUGCUGCUGCUACUGGCAAUGCUGGUUCCCUCUUCCCUCCUCCCCCUCUUGCAUCUGCAGCAGAAUCAGCAGCAGCAGAGGUCACACUCCUGUCCAUGCUCAAUCACCACAUAUCCUUCCCACCAUCAUCCCCUUUAUCCGACCUUGAUAUACUUGGACAAGGUAGAGAACGGGAGGAAAGGGUGGAAGGAGGGGAUAGUCAGGGAGGGAAGGGAGGAGGAGGGGAGCAGAGGGAACGAGGGGAAGAGGGAGAGCAAGGGAAGGGUCCUCUUCUGGAUGAGAGGUCUCUGCCUGCUCUCUUUGGCGAUCUCU